GGGACUUUUGAGGUAGUGGACAAGCCGACCUCAUCUUACCAGAAAACCAAACCUACGGAGGCCGCGGCCAACAGCACAGGAAGCAUCAAGGCUCGCUUCGAGAACAUCGCCAAGCAGAAGGAGGAGGAGGACAGGAAGCGAGCGGAGGAGGAGCGAGCCAAGCGCCAGGUGAAGGAGAAGCAGGAGCAGGAGGAGGCGCGUCGUCAAAUUGAGGAAAGGCCCAAAUCCCCGUCUCCCAAAGCCCCGUCUCCCAAAGUCCCGUCUCCCAAAGCCCCGUCUCCCGUCCCAGCUGCGAGUCCCAGUCCCUCCCCCAGCCCGACCCCGCCAGUGCAGCCCGCCGUCCCCACAUACCAGAACACAGAGGAGGCGUCCCGACAUGAUGCUGCUGGAGAGGAGAAGGGAGAGCAGGAGAACCAGGAGAACCAGGAGGAUCUGUACCAGAACCCCGAGGAGACGACCGCCACACCAGAAGCAGCAGCAGGAGACGGUCAGUUGGAGUACGGAGAAGACGUCGGGGUGACGGCGGUCGCUCUCUACGAUUACCAAGCAGCCGGCGAGGACGAGAUUUCCUUCGACCCCGACGACAUCAUCACAAACAUCGAGAUGAUCGACGAGGGUUGGUGGCGAGGCGUCUGCGGAGGAGCGUACGGCCUCUUCCCCGCUAACUAUGUGGAAGUGAGGCAGUGAGAACAAGGAAGGACAGAGGAAGGAGACGCCCCCUCUUCACACCUCUGUCUUCAACUCAUCGUACUGCAAUAUCCAUAAUCUUUUGCUCCUUUGCCAUCCUUCCACCUUUCCCCCUUUGGAUGAGUUACCUUUCCUCGAUGCAAAGAGAAUAUAUUAAUAAUGAUCUGCUCAAAAUGCAACAUGUGAGUGAUUCACCUCCUGCCUCACCGUUGCACUUUGAAGCUUAUAUUUUCAUAUUAGAGUCAAGGUAUUGUUGCUUCUUCACACACAUCUACCGUUAUGUAAGCAGUAGAAGGUUAAAGUGGGGGAUUUAGAUUAUUCUCUAUGCCGACAUACUGUCCGUGGACCAAACAACUGAAAAACCCCUUUUAGUGUGUCUGCGUAAAGUUAGCAGGAGUUUAAAUUCCCUUUCUUAUUAAACACUAAACUUCAUUUAGUACAACUUCUUUCUCCUUUUCUUGCAACGUUAUUAUAAAACCAUGAUAAUAAAGUUUCCUACUAUGCUGAAUUGUUAGCAAAAUAAUGGGGCCAAAAUCACAAGCGUAACAGAAAUAUUUCGUACAUAAAGUAUUAUUUUAAUCAUCUUCAAACAUUAUGUACGUACAGAGAGAACAUGAUUUAUGGCGCUUUGAGAACAAAUAUGUGUGUGUGUGUGUGUAUGCUUGGGGGUGUUUCUUCGUCUAAUAAUAUGUUGAAUUAAAGAUUAGAAAUGUAUAUGAGGCUGUUGUUUGGGUUUAUUUUCUCCAAACACUUAUUAAUUAUUUCAGACUGUUUUGCAGUAGUGUAGCUUGAACAAGUAUGUGUGUCUGAAUGUAUGUGUGUGUGUGUGUGUGUGUGUGUGUGUGUGUGUGUGUGUGUGUUUCAUGAAAUUCAUCUUCGGGGUUUUUAUAAUGGAAAAAAAAGUGACCUUUUCAAAUGCAUUAUUUGUAUUGUCUGUACUUCUGUUUGCUCGACACAUCAUUACCUGCUUGUUCUUUUUUUUUGUUUCAAUAAAUAAAGAAUAUGAAUUAUU